GAUGAACACCAUGCUGGCAGUUCCUCUAGGCUGAAGGAGGCAAUGGGACUUGGUGGGCGUUCUGGAGAUGACAGCAGGGAGAAAGGUGAAGAGAAAAGUGGAGGGAGUGAAGAUGAGACAGCCCAGACUCACUCUCUUCAGGAACAGGUUCAGGCCCUACAGUCUCAGCUCCAGCUCCUCUCUGAGCAGAACAGAGAGCAAGCUGAAGAGCUGAAGCUCUGGAGACUCUCUGCCUCAUCGUUGGGGGAAACCAUGGAUGACCAAGGCAACGGUAGCCCCAUAAUGCUUGUGCGAGAGGACCAGCUAGUCCUCUCGUGCAGCCCCACUGCUCUACAUAUGUACAGCCAGCAGAGCAGAAGCAUUGGGGAGUAUAGAGAUCUUUCUCAGCCUAAAGGUUUUUCUGGCCUUGAGACUGGACAGGAUGAAAGAGAUAAGCAGCUCUCAUCACAGACCGCAGAAAAGUUUCAAUCAGUGCUCAAAGCCGAGGAAUUGAUUGCAGACUAUGACAGUACAACGAUCAAAGUCGAUGAUCAACAUAAAAUGGAGACCGUAGCCGUGGAUAUUUAUAGCACAAUUCCAGUGUUAUCUUCUAGAAUGGAUAAAUCUGGGGACAAGCUUGAUUCAGCUCAUCCUGUCAAAUCAAGAGGACCACGAGAGGAUGCUACAGAAGCUGUCUUAGUCAGCCUUGAGGAACAGUCAGAUGAAAACACUUUCACAACAAAAGUCCAAGAGGAUUGUUCAGCUACAUCCAAAUCUGAGACUAAAGCAAUUGAUCCAAAGCUAAACACAAUGCUGUCAGACUUGAGUGAUUCACUGAAGCCUUGCCUCAGCCAUGAUGAGGGAGUUACACUUACACAACGCCUUGACACACUUGGAAGCACGACAGAUCAGCAAAAUGAGCACACUACUGCUGUUGGGAGACAGACUGAUAACUCUGCACAGAGGGAGGAUGAUGUUGUAAUGAAGUUUCUUGCUACAGAUCAAGGUUUAAGAUCAGAGGCUGUCAAGGUCACAGGCAGUGCAGACCAUGCAGGCACCAAAGAAGUGAAGAGUGUGUCCACUCAGACAGAAGAGUGCAGUGAGAGGGAAGUAGAGGAGGUUGGAAGGUCCAUUGACCCUCAGGAGAGAGCGAUCCUAACACACGCCAGCACUCAGACCCAGGUCGAAGAGGUAAAACAGCCUGAGGCAGAGGAUUUUGAAUCAGUUGACUCCCCUUCCUCCUCUCCUGUCCCACCACCAGAGACAGAGAAGCUCCUGUUUUCUGGUGCCUUCCCCAUCCCAGCUAAUCCAGCUCAUCUAGCCGAGCGCAUCCGACGCAACCGCAGCCGCAUGUCUGCAGCGUAUGACGACACAGAGUAUGAACCCUAUGGCCUGCCUGAGGUCGUCAUGAAAGGUUUUGCUGAUAUACCUAGUGGCCCAGCUUGUCCAUACGUUUUGCGCAGAGGGCUUCUGGGGACUGAUGCUCUGCCUGUUUCACUCAGAGAGCCACUCAGAGAAGCAGAGGAAGAUAUUGACCCAUAACAGUCUAACACUGCCUCUGGUUAGUACUUUCAUCUAAGCAGAAGCUUCAUAUCUUUCUAUGGGUGUUCCAUUUUUCUGUACAACAAACAUUUACUUAAUUUGGUUGCCUUUAUUUGGAUCAAAUCAAAUUUGAAUCAUUUUACGUAUGUUUAGAUAUUUUGACAUUUACGUGUUUAAUUUGCCUUAUUGCAGGUUUGUAGGGAAAGAUGUAUUUGAAGCUGCCUAUCUCAUCUUGAAUGUUAAUAGCCUCUACCCCCACCCCCACACCCCCUGAAGACUCAGUAGUGAAUGCUAGCUUUUUUGAGUUUUGGAUUAAUGAAUUUCAGCUUUUGGGAGAAUAAUAACAUGUAGGUGUUCUAUAUGCUCACAAAAGCAAUGCCUUAUUAUUUUGUGCAAAUAUGUUUACAGGGACUUGUGACGUAUGCUAGUUUUAUUUUUAAAAACUUGACCUUUGUGAAUAUCCUUAUUUGUAGGUUUUGUUAAUAAGAGUUUCUUUUAUGUUGCUGUAGAUUGAUUGCUGUGAAUAUUGUAGAAUAAGAACUUUGGGUGUGUGUGUGUGUGUAUCUGUGUGAGUGUGGAGUAUGACUCAGACCAACCUGAGUCUGUUUCCGCUCCUUGUAUGGUGUUGAAGUGCAUAUACACACUCUUGUCUGGCUGCUCUACAGUGCCUGGUUGAGCUUAUUUCAACAAGACUUUUGUGUAGUUCACUUUUCAUGGAAAAGUUUUGAAUUGUAGCUUUUUUUUUCCCCCUAAAUUAAUAUAUUGAAUAUUGAACCUUUUUUGUUCAGUUGUAGCAUGUGUACAUUGUUAAUAUUUUUGUUUCAUAUCAAACAAGGAGGGUUUGCAGUGCUGUAUGCUUGUUUUUAUUUUCAGAUUUUCUGUUAAUUUCUUUAAUAUUUAAAAGUUUCUUGACUUGUUUGAAGUUUCAUUUUCUCCCCUCCACUGCCUUGAGUUGUACAAGUUUAAGCUAACUCUAAUAAACUCUGUGAAGUGACCUUGAA